AUGUCCUUCCUCGGUUUCGGUGGUGCUCCACAAAUCUCGUCUGAGCAGAAGAUCGCAGCUGCAGAGAACGAGCUCGAUAUGGUUACCGACAUGUUCAACAGACUUGUCGAUAACUGCCACCAGAAGUGCAUCAACAGAAGCUACUCUGAAGGCGAUAUCUCUAAGAACGAAUCGCUGUGUAUCGAUAGAUGUGUUGCCAAAUACUUCGCAGUCAACGUCCAGGUGGGCGAGCACAUGCAGAAGCUGGGUCAGAACGGUAGCUUUGGAAGACCGUGA